AUGGAUGAUGCAGAUAAUAAACAUAUAGUGUUUGACACUUUUAUGGGUUCUAUAAUCGGUUGUACGAUAAGUAAAAUUGUACUUUACCCUUUGGAUACUAUAAAAAUAAAUAAACAGAUUUAUAAACAACCAAUUGAAAAAGGGAAUAACGAAUAUAAAAAAAAUCUUUUAACUUACAUUCAAAAUAAAAAUAAAAAUAAAAAUACUAUAUUUUUGUACAACUUUAUUAAAACCUAUGGGUUUAAGGACUUGUACAAAGGUUUCACAUUUUCAUCCCUCACAACCAUUCCGGCAACAUGUUUAUACUUUUGUUGUUUUGAAUAUUUGAAAUUAAAAAAGUUACAAUAUAAUAAUGUAUUUCAAGAAAAGGGAAUUAUAAAUGACAAGUCAAAUAAAAAUGACGACCUAAAUUUUAUUAGUUACUUUUCUCUAGCUUUUUUGUCUGAGGCUAUUUCUUGUAUCAUUUUUGUGCCUAUAGAUGUGAUUAAAGAAAGGCUACAAGCUCAAAAAUAUCUACAGCUCAAAGAGCACAAGACAACAUCCAAACUAAUAAAAGAGUAUAUUUACAAACAAGGCUUAUCAAGAUUGUAUAGAGGUUAUAUCUCAACUUGUUUAUCUUAUGGUAUGUUUUGUGGAUCCUUCUUCUUUUUUCAAAGCAUUGGUCAUAAGAUUAUGAACCAACUCGAUAUUGAAUCAUCACAUUAUAAUAACUUAAAAUUAAAUCUUGCCUGUUCAUUUAUUUCUGGUUUUAUAAGUUCCCCAUUGGAUAUAAUCAGAAUAAGAUACCAGUUACAAGAAAAGGACAAGACCUUUUUCUACUACAAAAAUUUUAUGGACGGAUUGAAAAAAUUAUGCAGAGAAGACAAUCGAAGGAUUUACAACCUUUUUAAAGGGAAUUUUUAUAGAUGUUGUUUAUUAAGUCUUAGCAUGACCAUAAAUGUGUCAGUGAUCGAAAUGUAUAAAAAAUAUAUGAUUUCCAAGAAAUCACAAUAA